AAGCAGAAGGAGCUGGAGGAGAAGGCUAUGGCGACUGAGGCUCGUCUGGAAAAAUCAAGCAGUUCAGACCUGGAGCUCUCAGAUAUCAGCGUGAGCGAAAGCAUGUUCCGGGCGCCCCUGCGCACUCGGGCAACUUCUACCGCCAAGACCAAGAAGGUGCUCCGUGUUCUGCCCCUGCACCACGGACCCAACAACCAGUCAAAUAUCCAGGAAGAAGUGAUCCCAGUUGUAAAGAAAACACGUAAAGCCGCCGCCUCAGGCCAGGAGAACGAGAUUAGUUGGGAGGUGAACAUGCGGACGGACGUCCUUCUGAGCGGCCGGGAAAAGAUCCUCAGUCUCCUCAACAAUGGCUCAGUAAAAGAGCUGAAGUCUUUGCAGAAGAUUGGAGACAAGAAAUCCAAGCUCAUUGUGGGCUGGAGGGAG